AUCGGAGCAGGGAAUGGGCCCAGAGGGCAACAUGGUAUCGGGUGCUCCUCCGCCAAACCCUAUGAUGCCUGCCAAUGCCGAUGCGGGGAUGUAUUCGCCAAAUCGCUUCCCACCACAGCAGCCACGGCAUGAUUCCUAUGGUAAUCAGUAUGCUGGACAGGGAACGCCCCCUACUGGCUCCUUCCCAAAUCAGCAGCCUGGAAUGUAUCCACAACAACAGAGUUACAAGCGUCCUGUGGAGGGGGGUUACCCUCCAUCGAAACGUCAUGAGACUGAGUACAGUGGGCCUUUCCCUGGUGGACAACAACCACCGCUGCAGCAAGGAGGCUCCUCUGCACCCUCUUCAGGACAGCAGGAGUCAUACAAUCAGUUCAGCGGCAGUGGGCCCUACCCUGUCUCUGAUCGCCGUCCACCUGGCCCAGGCAAUCAGUUCCCCUUCCCCUUUGGUCGUGAACGAAUGCAAGGACCGACAGGGCCCAACGCUCAGCCCAACAUGCCCCCUCAGAUGAUGCAGUCAGGGCCUGAGGGUCCUCAGGGAGGCAUGUGGCAAGGGCCACGAGACAUGAACUAUCAGAACUUCCCCAGCCGGCAAGGUGGCCCCGGGGUCCCACCCCAGGGGCCAGGUUACCCUGGCAUGACCCGCCCUGAGGAGAUGAUGUCAUCAGAACAGCGCAUGAAUCAUGACGGUCAGUGGGGUGGUCAGAUGGGCCCAAGGCAGCCUCCCUAUGGUCCAGCAGGGCCCGGCCAACCCAUGCCUCGCUCAGUACAGUCUAACUACCAGCCCCCUCAGGGUGUGCAGAACCACAUUCCACAGGUGUCCAGCCCGGCCUCCAUGCCUCGCCCGAUGGAGAGCAGGACAUCACCUAGUAAAUCUCCCUACAUGCACGGAGUAAUGAAGAUGCAGAAGGCUGGACCCCCAGUGCCUGCAUCUCACAUAGUGCCCCCUCAGGUGCAGUCGCCUCUAAUAAGGCGAGACAUGCCUUUCCCCCCAGGCUCUAUAGAAGCUACGCACCCUGUCCUGAAACCACGUCGGAGACUCACCAUGAAAGAUAUCGGAACACCAGAGGCUUGGAGAGUCAUGAUGUCAUUAAAGUCUGGUCUAUUGGCUGAGAGUACGUGGGCCUUAGAUACCAUCAACAUUCUCCUUUAUGAUGACGGCAGUAUUUCCACCUUCGAUCUAAACACACUGCCUGGUCUUCUGGAGUUGGUCGUUGAGUAUUUCAGACGCUGCCUAAUUGAAAUCUUUGGCAUUCUGCGGGAGUAUGAGGUUGGAGAUCUUGGCCAGAAGACACUACUGGAUCCUGAUGCCUUGAAACAAGAUUGGGACAGCAUGGAAGAAGAGGAGCCACAGGCUGAGGACAUGGAACAAGACGACGAAGAAGACGAAGACGAAGAAGAGGAGGAGCGAGAAAAGGACAGGCCAGCUCACGUCAAAGAGGAGGAAGAGCAAAAGCAGUGCAGCAAAUCUCGGGGUAAAGAUGAGAAGACGGAAGAUGAGGAGAGUAAGAGCAAGGGUUCUUCAUCUGAACAGACAAGCUCACUCCAAUCCUUACCUGCCCACGAGAGACCCAAACAGUCCAGCAAGUUUGACAAGUUUCCCGUAAAGGUGGUACGAAAGAAAGACCCGUUUGUUGCCGGCCAGUCCAAUAAUCAUGGCAAAAUGCAAGAGUUUGACAGUGGGUUACUUCACUGGAGUGCUGGAGGGGGGGACUCAACAGAACACAUCCAGACCCACUUUGAACCACGCAAAGACUUCUUGGAGCCUCGAGUACGAAUGCCUGUGCCCCAGGUUUUACUGAAGAGACGAGUUCCAGAAGAAGAACUGCAGGAAAUCUGUUUACCAAAUGAGGAGGAGAAGAGGAAGCAUCAAGAUGAAGAAGAAAGGCCUCAAGAGUCAUCUUCCUCAGAGAAAGCAGCUGUCUCGGAGAAGGCCAGCCCCACACCCAGCAGUGAGGAGGAGAGGAAAACACAGUCUGAGACAAAGACAGUUGAGAAAGAAGCUGCAAGUCUCCUGGAUGAAAACGGACCUUUUCUCUCCUCCAGCAUCAUUUUAACCCAGCGGGCGAAGCAGAUUGGCUCCAUCUUGGAGGAUGAGCCUCACAGUAAAGAUGAGGGGCCGCUCAUUGCACUGGCUACUUGGCAGGAUUCUUUAGCCCGCCGUUGCAUUUGCAUCUCCAAUAUUGUCCGCAGUCUCUCCUUUGUGCCAGGCAAUGACCACGAGAUGUCCAAACAUCCAGGGCUCUUGCUGCUGCUAGGUCGCUUGAUCCUGCUCCACCACAGGCACCCUGAACGCAAACAGGCCCCGCUCACAUACGAGAAAGAUGAGGAUUCAGAAGAGGGAAUGGGCCAAAGGGAUGAAUGGUGGUGGGACUGUUUGGAGCUCCUGAGGGAGAACACGCUGGUAACUUUGGCGAACAUCUCAGGCCAGCUGGACCUUUCCAUUUACCCCGAAAGCAUCUGCUUGCCCCUAUUGGAUGGUCUUCUCCACUGGGCUGUCUGCCCCUCAGCAGAAGCCCAGGACCCCUUCCCCACGCUGGGCCCACACAGUGCUUUGUCACCUCAGAGACUGGUCCUGGAGACGCUAAGCAAAUUAAGCAUCCAAGACAACAAUGUGGACCUCAUCUUGGCCACUCCACCAUUCAGCCGGUUAGAGAAGCUCUACGGAAACCUCGUGCGGCUGAUUGGAGACAGAAAGGUUGCAGUCUGCAGGGAGAUGGCUGUGGUCCUCCUGGCCAACCUUGCCCAGGGUGACACUAUGGCGGCCCGAGCAAUCGCUGUUCAGAAGGGUAGUGUGGGCACCUUGCUGGGUUUCCUGGAGGAUAGUCUGGCUGCCACACAGCUUCAGCAGAGCCAGAGCUCUCUACUUCACCUACAGGGGAUGCACUUCGAACCCACAAGCCCGGACAUGAUGCGGCGAGCUGCCCGGGCUCUGCACGCCUUAGCCAAGGUGGAGGAGAACCACUCAGAGUUCACACUACACGAGUCCCGACUCCUCGACCUUUCAGUGUCUCCCCUAAUGAACUCGCUGGUUUCUCAUGUUAUCUGUGAUGUACUCUUUUUGAUUGGCCAGUCAUGACAGCUGUAGGGAGCCGUGGCUCCUCGUUUUGGGGGGUUUCUCCCCAAUCCCCUCUUCCCUGGUAACCUGGCUUGUGUGUGUAACAGGGCAAGGAAAGUUCAAGUGACUGUCUUUAAUUUAUGAAAAUCCUUCAGAUUCCAUUCUCUGAGCCCUCCCCAGGCCGUCCUUGCUCGAGGAGGAUAAUCACAGAGCUGUGGUGGAUUACAAACCAGAGAGAUGCCCACAAAGGGACACUACUUGCAACACGAAUGCCAACUGGAUGACAUGGAGCAGAGCACCGCGGUUGGGAGACUGUUCUGCACUUGGGGGAAAGUACUUUUUAAUAAAGAUAAAUAAUGAAUAAAUAAAUAGCUGAAAAACAAAAACUGUAACCAAAGUUGCUGUCUCGUUUACAGUGAGUUUUGGAGACACAGUGUGCCCUAGCUCUCGCCUCGAGGGCACAGAGAGUCUAACUGGUUGACGUUCAGAGGUGAAGCAGACUGACAAGUGGCCUACUGGUUAUAGUUGCUGUAGUUGGAUUCUCACCAGUCAGCCCGACAGCAGACAAAGUGCUGUCAGUAGACACCUUCACCAGGGAGGCCUGUGCAGUGUGCAGUAGAUUGUAGGACAUUUCUGUACCAUACUGCUCUUGAGUGUAAGCAUUCUGUACCACACGUUUCACACAGAAGCUGACAAUGCAGCUCUUCUAGAGUUUUGAGGUCAUUUUAGUUUGGUGUUAAACAGAAAAUGGCUUUCUUCCCCAAAGUAUCAAGAACCUACAACACCCUUACCUCCUCUUAUCCCUUGAUUGUAUGAAUACCCUUAUGAAAAGAAAUCACCUCUUAGGACUGGUUUUCAACUUCAAAUACAGCUUUGCUGUGGUGUAUAUAUAAUGUUGUACAUUACACUUCCUUUCUCUGUGUCUGUCUGUGUCACUAUUCUCACACUUGUUUUGGUGAGGGAUGGAGGCUGACUUGUGAGUUUGGUCCGUGACCUCCAGUCCCUGCCAAUUUAGACCCACUCCUCUGGUCUCUCCACAGCUCUGUAGUACAGCAGACACGGCUCGAACCUGUUAUCUCCUGGUACAACAGAAAUAAACUAGAUGAAGUACACAUUGACAACUUUUCUCCGAUCAUGGAUUCUGCAUAUUUGUAUUUCAGACUAUGUAGCUAAGACAACAUGUAAAUUCCUCCCUCUCCCUUUUUUGGCUCAACGAAUAUCAUUUAUUCAGUAUGAAAUCUUUAUACUAUAUGUUCCACGUGGUAAGAAUAAAUGUACAUUAAAUCUUCGUAAGCUG